UUCUGGACGAAUGCGUGCACGUCGAACACCUGCGACGCGUCUUCGAAAUUCUUCGACGGGAACAUUCUACGUCAAACUGUCCAAGAGCGAAUUCGCCCUUGAAAAGGUCCAAUUCCUAGGACACAUGGUGAGCGCUCAAGGAGUUCACGUCGACCCCAAGAAAGUCGAAGCCGUACGUACGUGGAAGACACCCGAGAACGUGAAGGAGUUGCAGCAGUUCCUAGGCUUCGCUAAUUACUACAACAGGUUCGUGCCACAGUAUGCGAAACUCGCAGCACCACUCACGAAUCUGCUGAAAAAGAACCCGCUCUACAAAUGGGAGCUGAAGCACCAGGAAGCCGUGGAGCAGCUGAAACAAGCACUUACGUCCACACCAGUACUCAUCUUGCCAGAUCCCGAACGCGAAUACGUCAUCGAAGCUGACGCCAGUGACCAGGCAGUGGGUGCAGUCUUAAUGCAAGACCAGGGGAAUGGACUGCAACCAAUUGCCUACCUCAGCAAGAAACUGCACGGGGCAGAACUCAACUACCCGAUACACGACAAAGAGGCUCUUGCUAUCAUCAUCGCCUUCAAAGCGUGGAGAUGCUAUCUCGAAGGACGAAGAACAACCGUCUACACCGACCACUGCAGCCUGAAAUAUUUGAAGACACAACCCAACCUUUCCAGGCGGCAGGUCCGGUGGAUCGACUUCCUCGAGACACACUUCCACUACGACAUCGUGUACAAGCCCGGCCACAAGAACAAAGCAGACGCUCUCAGCCGGCCUGCACACGUUGCCGCGAUUCAGUGGGACAGUGACAUCGCGUACCGGAAAGGAUCAACAAAAAUUUGGGUACCCAACUACCCUCCUUUGCGCCAGUUACUACUCGAAGAAUACCACGACGUCCUGUACGCCGGACACUUCGGUAGCAACAAGACGCUCACCGGUAUCGCCAAACACUACUACUGGCCCCAUAUGGCAGACGACGUCCAGAAAUUCGUCACCUCGUGUGAUACAUGUCAGCGGAUGAAGAGCAGCAAGCAGAAAAAGGCGGGACUACUGCAGCCUCUUCCUGUCCCAGAACAGCCAUGGCAUGUGGUUAGCCUGGACUUCAUCACCGGGUUACCACCUACCUCCAGCGGUCAUGACGCCAUCCUUGUCGUCAUUGACAAGUUCUCCAAAAUGGGACACUUCAUCCCGACACACACGACGGCACGCACCGAGGAGACAGCACAGCUCUUCGUUCGUCACAUCAUCUCACAGCAUGGCAUCCCAACUACACUCAUCUCCGACCGAGACCCCAAGUUCACUAGCAAGUUCUGGAAGGAACUUAUGUCUCUGCUCGGCACCAAACUCGCCAUGUCAUCCGCAUACCAUCCGCAGACAGACGGACAGACCGAGCGCCUCAACCAAAUUGUUGAGCAACUCCUCCGAGCAGCCUGCAAGGACGACAUCUCCAAAUGGGACUUGCACCUGCCCGUACUCGAGUUUGCUUACAACAAUGCUACACAUGCCGCUACUGGACAGACGCCGUUCUUCCUCUGCUACGGACGCCACCCACUCACACCACAAAAACCGACAGCAUCAGCUACAGUCCAACCCGCACAUGAUUUCAUUACAACCAUGCACCAGCUUUGGGAUCGGACCCACAAGCGCCUACUCGACAUUCAACAGCAACAAAAGCGCCAAGCCGAUCGCCAUCGCAACUAUCACACCAUCACGGUAGGAGACCAGGUGCUUCUUGACACCCGCAACCUGGACAUCAGCCAUCUCCCAUCUAAACUUCGACCUCGCUUCUGCGGGCCUUUUCUCGUUGAAGCACAAGUCACUCCUGUUACCUUCCGCUUACGCCUGCCAGCUACCUGGAAGAUUCACAACGCCUUCCAUGUCCAACUUCUGAAGCCCUAUCGAGAUCCUAACACGAUCUUUGUGGGACGCCAACCGCCGCCGCCACCGCCCGUCCUCGUCCAGAAUGAACCCGAGUACGAGGUCGAGUCCGUGCUCGCACACCGCCGUCGUCGGAAUGGCACCCUGGAGCUUCUCAUCCGUUGGAAGGGUUAUGAUCCUUCUGAGGACAGCUGGAUACCUGAGUCCGACAUGGGUAACGCCCGUCGUCCUCUGCAUGACUACCUUGGUGAUUCUAUCUUCUAGAAGGGUCUAUUCCCUUAGGAUACGA